GAAGUGGGCGAGGCUCAGUGUGUGUGUGAGUGUGAUGGUGGACGUUACGCUCACUCUGUUCUCCUCUUCUUCACCAUAUUUCCCACUUUAUUGUUGUUUACCACCUACCACUGACUACGGGGAUUAGUGCAGUGGUUACCGGCCUUAACUACAACAACCUCUGGUGCUACUUGUGAAGCCUUAUUAAUAUAUUACGCGAAAGAUGCAGGCUGGAGGUGCAUCACCAGUGGGAAUGCCACCUGGCCCACCUCAGAUGGUGCCGAUGUCAAAGGUGGCACUCAAGAUUGAAGCCAAGAACUUAAAGAACCGUGAUACCAUGAGCAAGAGUGAUCCAUUAUGUAUUCUCUAUAUGAAGGAAACUGGAUUUGAUACUUUUCAUGAGGUUGGUCGCACGGAGAUGAUUAAGGACUCUCUCAACCCUCAGUGGGUUCGUGAGAUUGAGGUGGAUUAUCGAUUUGAGGAACGACAGCAUCUUAAAUUUGCUAUAUAUGACUGGGACACCAAGAGUACAAACCCAGAUGAUCAGGACUCUCUUGGUGCUGUUGAGUGCUCGCUGGGAGAAGUCAUGGCAUGCCAGGGAUCACAGUUGAGCAGAGUCAUUUCAAAGGGUGGAAUGCUCUUGGUGCAAGGAGAAGAAGUAGCUACAUCAAAGGAAGUUGUCACCAUGACUCUGUUUGGUUCAGAUCUGGACAAAAAGGAUUUCAUGGGAAAGAGUGAUCCUUUCCUUAUUUUUUAUCGCUGCAACGACAAUAGUGUCUAUCUUCCUGUGCAUAAGACGGAGGUUAUUAAGAAGACUGUGAACCCAGCUUGGAAGCCAGUUGUCAUCCCAGCUAGAGUUCUCUGUGCCGGAGACCAUAAUCGUAGUAUCAAGAUAGAGUGCUAUGACUGGGAUUCUGAUGGCACUCAUGAUUUGAUUGGUGAAUGCUACACCAAUCUUCAAAGGUUGCUAGAAGGUCCAGGGACCACUAAUGUUUAUCAUCUUAUCAAUCCCAAGAAGAAAGCCAAAAAGUCUAGCUACAAAGACUCAGGAAAGAUCACCUUACAGCACAUCACCUGUCACGUGCAGCCUACGUUCCUUGACUACAUCCGCGGCGGCACAGAGAUACACUUUACUGUUGCUGUCGACUUUACUGCCUCAAAUGGUGAUCCCCGCACCCCAGCUUCUCUACAUUACUGUCAGCCUGGCAUAGAUAAUCAAUAUUCAUUGGCAAUUAAAGCAGUGGGUGAAAUUGUUCAGGAUUAUGACACUG